AGCGGUGCCCUGGGUAACCAGCCAUGAUUGCCACUGGAGGCCUCCUGAGGAUCUCAGCUAGGAAACAGGAUCCCUUACGGCCCCAAAGCCAGGUCCCCAAACGCAAACGCAAAGCCAAAAAGAAGCGCAAGAACGACGUGGUGGUUGUGAAGGGCAAGCUCAAGCUGUGCUCCCUUUCGGGGCUCAUUGCCCUCUGUGGGAUCCUGGUGCUGUUGGUGGGCAUCGCCUUGGCGGUGGUGGGCUACUGGCCGAAACCCAGCCAGGUGUACAGAGAAGGCAGUCUCAGUGGGAACAGACACGUGGUGCCGCAAGGGGGCACCCCCAGGGACCGCUCCCGGAGCCAGGCAGCUUCCCAUCCAGAAACACCCCCUGGAGCCAACUCCUCCACUACUGGCAACAUGCGGGGAUCCCCACUGUCCCCCGCAACGUCCUCAUCUCCCCAAGCCUCCGUGGGUUUCCUCUUCCGUCUCUUCUCGGGCUACUUGCAUUCAGACAAGCUGAAGGUGCUGGGGCCCCUCAUCAUGGGCAUCGGUAUCUUCCUCUUCAUCUGUGCCAAUGCGGUGCUGCAUGAGAACCGUGACAAGAAGACCAAGAUCAUCAACCUGCGUGACCUCUAUUCCACAGUCAUCGAUGCCCACAGUCUGCGGGCCAAGGAUGGGGGCGCCCCGGCCGCAGCCCCUCUCAACGGCUUUGUCAACUACGUGCAGGCCCGGGGCCUGGAGCUCAAGCCCGGCAGUGAGGGCCUGGGCGCUGCGGCCAUGCUUGCCAAGAGCUCCUGGCCUCCAGGGCUCAGUGUGUCCCUCUCCCCACCUGAGCGGGCGUCCUCGCCGCGGCGUUCCUCCUUCUCCAGCCCACCACAGGCGCCCAGCCUGGCGGAGGCCGUGUACAGCAUUUACCGCGAGCGGGCAGCCCUUGCUGGCCGCCCCCUGGCCAGUCCACCCUGCAGCCCCCCGGAGAGCUGGGGCAGGCACAGCACGGCCAGCUCCAUUGUGGGCUCCUCGCUCAGCCCCUUCACACUCCUGCCACUGCUGGGGGGCUGGCAGAGGCCCCCUGGUGAGCGGGGAGCCCGCGAGAUCCCACGGGGGGAAUUUGAGCUGAGCCUCACUGACCUCAGCAGCAGCUAUGCGGACGGACGUGGUGGGACGGGGAGGCGCAAGCUGGUCCUAAGGCGGCAGAGCACCAGCUGCCUGCCUGAUGCCAGGCGUCCUCUUUCUCCCGAGCCUCCUCAGUCCCCAUCCAUCAGUGGGGGCCCAAACUCUAGCCUUUUGGUAAAGGCAUCUUCUAGCUACUCCAAACCUCUGGAUCUGGAGGGAUCUCCUCCCUCCCCCGCCACCGCUAUCACCAGGAUGGGUUCCCAGAGCUCCCAGUCUGAGCCUUCCAGCAGCAGCAAUAAGGGCUACAGCCACCUGGAGGAGGCAGGCACCUCCUUGGAGUCAGUUGCCAACACCCCAGCCAGUAAAAUCCAGGACUGUGAGGAGGAGCCAGUCAAGCAGACUGCCGGCCUCGAGGCUACCAGCAAAGAACAAACGGGGGAGAAACCUCAGCAGACUCAAAGACAGUACACAAAUAAAGAGAAACUCUUUAUGAUUUCUAGGUCGCACACUGCGUUAGAGCUGGAAGACGGGGAGCUGGAGAGCACUGGCAUCUAAACCAAGCAGAGAAGGCUCGAGGACACCUUGCAACCCUCCACACCUUCCCCCUCUAUCUUCUUGUGGACUAAAGAAACCAACCGAUAUCCAAAGAGCUGCAGUAUGUUGUCC